UUGUGUGUGUGUGUGUGUAUGAAUGGAAAUAGUUGACUACACUACACUAGACUGUAUCUGUCUAUCUAUCUAUUACUAUUACUAUUACUAUUACUAUUACUAUGAUGGUGCUGGUGAUGAUGACGAUAUUAUUGAUGCAUGCGGACAAAAUUUAAAUUAAAAGGCGAAUGUAGCAGGCAAGAAAAGCGGCGUAAUCACCUCCCCCGCUCUCUCUCUCUCUCUCUUCUGACUGUCAGAAGAGAGAGAGAGAGAGAGAGUAAAAAGAGGGUGGAUCGCGUUCACACGCUAACCGGUUUACCGGUCAAAACGAACCACCUUUGAUGUGAAUCUACACUACACUACACCACCCUACCCCCUCAUAAAUGCAAUGCUAUGCUAUGCUUCCCACCUCUUCUAGGGGAGUAAUAGGACUCUAUUAGCUUAGCUGCUACCCCGCCUGCUUUGUGUCCCCUCUAUACAGCUAGCCUACACUAUACUACACUAGUAUUUAAUUUUAUUUUUUUUACUACUCACUUACUCGUAUGAAUCAAUCAUCUUCUUCCUUCUCCUCCAUCAUCUAAUCCUUGCCUCCCUCCCUCACACUAAUAAACCCCUUCCCUUCCCUCCCCUUCCCUUCCUUCUUUCCUACGCUACGCUGACUCCUGUCUCUCUCUCUCUCUCUGUCUGUCUGCCUGCCUGCCUGUGCAUGAGAGGAGAUUGAAUUGAUUAACUAUGAUGAUAUUCAAAGAUUAUUCCGCCACCAUGGACAAUCCACUUCCUCCUCCACUCUUCUCCUCCUCCUCUUCUUCGAAUUCCUCUACUGCUUAUUGCCCCUCCAACUCCUCCUCCUCCUUUAAUUUGGAUCUUUACAAUAAUUGCUCCUCCAUCACCAACGAUGCGAAUAGCAGCAGCAGCAUGUUGAUGAGAGAGUAUUAUUCCGAUUUGGUAGUUGGCAGCACCUCUUCCUCCUCACUAGGGUUUAUGGAGCUGCUCAACAUGCAGCUCGACUUUGGGUAUUCGACACCAGCUCCCUCUUUCCCUUUCGCUGUGGAAGAUCAGGAACAGCCUCCAUCCUCUAAUCACCUGCCUAACACUAGUACCAUUACUAAGCAGCAGCAGCAGGAGGAGGAGGACUACCUGUUGAAAACGCCCUCGACACCCAAUUCGUCCACCAUUUCCUCCGAAUCCAAUGAUGAACUACAACCACCCGCGGCACUGGAUAUUGGAGAAGAACCGGCCGGGGUUGAAGAUGACCAAGAUCAGGAAACAACCAAGAAGACGACGACAGCGAAACCGUUGAAGAAGAAGAGUGAGAGUGAGAAGACGACGCGGAAGAGGAAGAGAGAGCCAAGAUUUGCUUUCAUGACAAAGAGCGAGGUGGAUCACUUGGAAGAUGGAUACAGGUGGAGAAAGUACGGCCAAAAAGCCGUCAAGAACAGUGCUUUCCCUAGGAGCUAUUACAGGUGCACAAGCGCCUCAUGUAAUGUGAAGAAAAGAGUGGAGAGAUGCUGGAAUGAUCCGAGCAUUGUGGUCACGACAUACGAAGGCCACCACACUCAUCCAGCUCCCUCCCCCUCACCCUCAAUCAUGCAUCACCAUCACCAUCAACGCUCCUCCGGUCUGAGUCUUAUAGGUUUCUCAGCAGCAGCCAUAAAUAAUAAUACUAUAACUAAUCAACAAAUGGCACCACCUCCUCACCUUCCACAACCACAAGGUUUCUUUUACGGGAGCACAAGCACUAGCACUAGCACUAGCACUAGCACAGCUGCUGAAGGAGGAGGAGGAGGAGGACCAGGACCAAAGCAACAAGACCACCACCACCUCACGCAUCAACUGCUAACACUAACAGACAACAACGCCUAUGGGCUUCUUCAGGAUGUUGUGCCAUCAUCUACUCUUAAUCUUGUUAAGAAUGAGGAACUAGCUGGCAAUCACCACUAAUCAGCUACUUCACUUCAUCCUUGUGUCCUCGUUAUAGCCACUCAAUUGUCCACUGUAUAUCAUAUCAUAGCAAUAUAUAUAGAGAGAGAUCAUAUCAACGUUUUGUAGCUCAGCUCAUUUCAUUAUCAGUGGUACAAUACAUAAAACAAAUACAUUGAUGCA